AUCAACCAAGAGCCGCUACCGACGCGAUCACGACCACCCAAAUCAACGAAAUCAACGUGUUUUUUAUGUUUGGGAUCGCCUAGGUACGGCCCUGCAAAAUAAAAUUUAGUUUGAAAGUUUUUUUGUUGUUUCAAGAUGAUCAACAGGAAUUCGAUGGUUGCUGCAGUUCUUUUUGUGGUUUUCGUACAUUUUUGGAUGGUUGAAGCCAAUACAAUCGGGGUUUGUAUACGAAACUGUGCCCAAUGCAAGAAGAUGUUUGGACCAUAUUUCGAGGGACAGCUUUGUGCAGAUGCCUGUGUCAAGUUCAAGGGCAAAAUGAUCCCGGAUUGCGAAGACCUGUCAUCUAUAGCGCCAUUUUUAAGUAAAUUUGGACAGUACUAGGUACUGUUCUAGUUUAACUUGCGGGCUUCUUAAUAUUCUUUGUGAUUCGGGAGAAAGUUUACCUUGAUUUGGUUGCUACUACAAACUACAACGAUUUUCGAGCCUUCUGUAUGGAGAAGAAGAAAUUGAACAGAUGAAAUACACUGUUGUG